UCAUGAUUUCGCUUGCCAUUGUACUCGUUUGUUGUGUUUUACAGACCACGGGGAUCAAGCCGCCAACAUACUUUCCGAAUUUGCCAAUGGGAGAGUAUAAGUUGAAAUUUAAAGCUGUGUUUCCGUGCGAAUCUACCGAACGUCAUAAGUUACAGUACAACACGUAUUUAAGUAAAAAAAGUGUUAACGAAUUCGAGCUAAAGGGCAACCUAACCUAUUUCGUUCCGUUCGACGAUUCGAUUAGUAUAAAUAUCAAUAUGGCGUCAAAAGGAUCAAUCGGUGGCUGGAAAGACAAUGCACAUGUUUACACCACGCCUAACGCUUGUUCGAAAAUGAAGUUUUUGUUUGGAGAUUCGUGGAAAGUUUAUGUCAAAGGAUUUAAUUUUUCUGACACGGAAUGUCCAAUGAAACCGGGUACUUACGUGGCAACCGGAAUCGACGUUGAUAAAAUGACGAACACUAAUUUCCCCAAGACAUUUUUUUACGGAGAGUAUAAAAUGGCAUUUACGUUCACGAGCAGUAAAGGCGAAAAACUUGGCUGUACCGUGUUAGUUUUAGAUAUCUUGCGGCCGUGGGAAAAUUAA